AUGUCUACCAAGCUCGACAAGCCUCUUGACGAGAUCGUCACCGCUCAGCGCCGCAACUCGGUGCGCCGUCGCUCCCUGCGACGCUCAACCACUGGCCGCCCUGCUGCUACCGCCCCUGCCGGUGGUGUUCAGAAGACGGCUGCUAAGCCCUCUCGCGGCGCUGCCGCAAAGGCCACCCCCCUCAAGGCCGCUGCUCCUAGCGGCGAGAGCAAAGUCAUCGUCAGCAACUUGCCCAAGGACGUGACGGAGAAGCAGAUCAAGGAAUACUUUGUUCAAUCUGUUGGUCCCAUCAAGAAGGUUGAACUUUCCUAUGGCCCCAACUCCCAGAGCCGAGGCAUCGCCAACGUCACCUUCAGCAAGCCUGAUGGUGCUUCCAGGGCACUGCAGACACUGAACGGACUGUUGGUCGAUGGCCGUCCCAUCAAGAUUGAGAUCAUCGUCGGAGCUGCUCAGGCUGACAAGGUCAUCCCCCCGAUCAAGUCUCUGGCUGAGCGCACAACUCAACCCAAGGCCCAGCCCAAGUCUGCCGCUGGCAAGAAGCAGAACACGGCUGCCACCAAGGCCGGCGGUGCCAAGGGAGCCGCUGCGAACGCUAACAAGAAGCGUCGCGGCCGCAACGCCCGCCCUGCCAAGAAGACUGCUGAAGAGCUCGACUCCGAGAUGGCGGAUUACUUUGUCGGCGCCAAUAACAACGAGGCCGCUGGAGCCGCUCCGGUUGCUGCCGCUCCUGCUCCUACCAACGGAGACGCCGCUAUGGAAGACGAGAUUAUGGUAUGCUUGCACUGA